AUAUCCAGUGUUCUGAGAAAUGGAGAGUUGGGCAAAGUUCCUAUCCUGUGGAUCUUACACUUAAACAAUCCCCAGCACAUGAUCGAGGCUGGCAGAAAGGCAGCUGAUCUGCAGUGGGAGCCCAAAGAGUGAAGUGAGUUGGAAGGGAACAUAACUAGAAAGAUAUUCCAGAAAGGACUGCAUGGCAUUUAGAGCUCUGGGUACCAGCUGUAAUGUGCACGUACUUGCAGAGACUUCUGCUAAGGCUGUGGACUCAGGAUGCUUAAUUGAAGUAGUGGCCCAGGAGCAGACUAUUCAGACUCCAGCGACUCCAAUGAGAAGUGCAGCGGGUCCCAUCUGGAUGAACCAGGUACCCUUCAAUCUCUAAGUCCUCCAAUGGUCUUGCAGCAACACUACUUUGCUUGUUCCAGAACCUUCACCUGGGUCAGGAGGAAACCCCAUAACUGUCCCUUUGAAGUUGAAUUGCAUCACUGUGGGCCUUACUGAAAAUGGACAGUAAGAGGCCGGCAUCUGUGAAAUACUAUGUUGGAAUUGAUGUUGGAUCGGCAAGUGUUCGUGCUGCUUUGGUAGACGAGUUUGGGACAGUAGUGAUGCACGCAGAACAACCAAUACAAAUCUGGGAACCUCAACAAGACCACUAUGAACAAUCCUCUGCUGACAUAUGGGCUGCUUGUUGUGCAGUCACCAAGAAAGUCAUCUGUGGUGUUGAUGCCAGCCAGAUUCGAGGGGUUGGAUUUGAUGCUACGUGUUCCCUUGUUGUCUUGGAUAAACAAUUCCAACCUUUGGCAGUCAACUCACAAGGGCAAAACAGUAGGAAUGUUAUUAUGUGGAUGGAUCAUCGCGCAGUCAGUCAAGUAGACCGAAUCAAUGCAACGCAGCACAGGAUUCUGAGCUAUGUUGGGGGAGUGAUGUCUGUGGAAAUGCAGCCUCCUAAGUUGUUGUGGUUAAAGGAAAACUUACAAGAGUCAUGCUGGGAGAAGGCAGGCUACUUCUUUGAUCUUCCAGAUUUCUUAUCUUGGAAAGCCACAGGUGUCCCUGCAAGGUCCUUAUGUACACUAGUAUGCAAGUGGACAUACACUUCAGAUGGAGGUUGGGAUGACAGUUUCUGGAAUAUAAUUGGCUUGGAAGAUUUGGUGAAGGAUAAAUAUGAAAAAAUAGGAAACCACGUCUUGUCUCCUGGAGAGCCUGUUGGAAAAGGUCUAACGCCAGAAGCUGCAAAAGAACUCGGUCUCCCCGAAGGGAUUGCAGUAGCAGCAUCUCUCAUUGAUGCACAUGCUGGAGGACUAGGAGUAAUUGGAGCAGAUGUGAGAGGAUAUAACCUGCCAUGUGAAAACCAGCCAAUUACAUCACGAGUUGCUCUGAUCUGUGGAACAUCUUCGUGCCACAUGGGGGUCAGCGAAACACCCAUUUUUGUUCCUGGUGUUUGGGGGCCUUAUUUCUCUGCUAUGGUACCUGGACUGUGGCUGAAUGAAGGAGGUCAAAGUGCUACAGGAAAACUGAUAGAGCACCUGGUCCGAGGCCAUGUUGCCUUCCCGGAAUUACAAUCCAAAGCUGCAGGCAGUGCUCAAAGUAUAUAUACAUACUUGAACAGUCACCUGGAUCUGAUUAAGAAAUCCUUGCCUGUGGGUUUCCUCACUGUUGAUUUACAUGUUUGGCCAGAUUUCCAUGGAAACAGAUCUCCCUUAACAGAUCUGACACUGAAGGGCAUGGUUGUCGGACUGACACUGUCUCGGGGUCUGGAUGAACUUGCCCUUAUCUACUUGGCCACGAUUCAAGCAAUUGCUUUAGGAACAAGGCAUAUUUUGGAAGCUAUGGAGGCUGCAGGCCAUCGUAUCAACACCCUGUUCCUGUGUGGUGGGCUGAGCAAGAACCCUCUGUUUGUGCAGAUGCACGCUGACAUUACUGGCAAACCUGUUGUCCUGUCCAAAGAAGUGGAGUCUGUCCUGGUGGGUGCUGCUAUUCUUGGAGCUUGUGCUUCGGGGGAUUUUGCAUCUAUACAGCUGACUUCAGUGGACGGUAUUUACGUGUGGUUGGAAGUCGGCUCUUGGUGGGCGUUAAAUCGCACAUACAAGCAGCACCACUUGGAGACAGACAGCUGAGAUGGAGCCGAGAGCUCGAUGCUCUCACAAAAGCACUAAGAAAAGUGCCCUCUGUCUUGUUGCUGUUUACGGACAUGUGAUACUGGUUGACAUCUGUUGCCCUUCUCAUUUGAGGACUGCUUGCUUUGCUAACUUUAACAUUUCCACAUUGCUGUGCUGUUGAAGCGCAGAUACACAAAUCUCCUUGGAGUCCCCAAGGUCCUUUUAGGAGAAGCGGGGCUGCCCUCAUUUGAUAUCAUCCUGCUGGCUGCUUUUAUACUGGAGCUCAGAUAAAGAAUUCCACGGCUGUUAAAUGUUCUUGGUGGAGUGCUACAUCUAGUGCUAUAUGUUGUCAUGCAUUUGAUGAAUGAUCAGAUCAGUACGUACAGUAGUGUUUGGUUAAUUGUCACCUUAGAUGAUUUGUAGAUGUUUUAUAUCACUUGAAAUUAUUACAGGUAAAAACUUGUCUAAGAAAAUGUCAAAGUUUGUUGCAGCAGGUCAUAUAGCACUCAAAUGACAGAUGACUGCGGUCUGUAAUCAUAAUGCAAUAUUCUCAGUUAAUGUAAAUCAGAAUUACUCCAGGAUUUCAGAGCAGUGACACCAUCUUACUCCAGUGCCCUGAUCCAGUCAAGCACUUUGGUACAUCAUUUAACUUUCAAGGAGGCCAGAAGUUCAGUUGAAGACAAGCAGGGCUGCCCAUCUGCUGAAGUACUUUGCUGGAUCAGAGCCCAAACAGGAAUCUGACACACAGUUUGCCCGUAGAUGACACAUCUUGAAAUGAUAAAGGCUGUUAUGGCUCUUGCCGUUGGUUAUUACCCAUUCAGAAAUGAGUUGUGGAUACUGGAGGUAAUAGGAUACAAAACCAAUGCCUUCUGUUUGGUGCUGUUCUUUUGAGCAUACUUAGCAUGUGCCAAUGGAAAUGUCACCCAGCACACAAAUGUUCAGAUUUGGGAUUUCUUCCUAACUUUUAAUGACGGGGAAAGGCAGCUGCAGUAGGUCAGUGUAAUACAUUGACUAUAACAGAACUGCAACCACGUACAUAUGAGUACCUGGCACAGAAGUACUGCAGCUGGAGAUGAUGGUCCCCAAUAGGUAAAGAUGUGACCAUAUUGUUCUUCUAAAGGUAGGUAACAGAAUACCAAACUAGUGAAGGGACACAAAGUGUGGCCUUCUGUUUGGCCACUGGUGGAAGGUGCUGUGUUGGGAAAUCAGUGGGCUUACCUGUUUAUUAACUCUGAGAAUGGUGAUAAAGGUUUUGUUAGCUAUUUCCUACAUUUAUGAGGAUGGACUGAGAAGACAGUUAAGGCCUCCAAGGUGUUCAAAUGACCCACAAAAUGUAUUUAAUCUUCAGUGUUUAUAUUGAAGAUUCAUCCAGGUUUGUGCAUUGGCACAAUCCCACUGACUUCACCUGACUUUUAUAUCUUGCAUGCAUGUGCCCGAUGAGAAUAUUAGAAGCGACCAUAUGUGUCUAAAUAAAAUCUGUUCUGUGGGCUCAGCA